AUGUAAGAGGAAUUAUCUUACAAUCCUGAAAUAGUGAAAUCAUAAUUAAGUAUGCUUCCUCCAAUUGAAUAGUUUACAUUACAAUAAUUAGCAAAUAAGAGAAAAGUUAAUUUCAAUAUGAUGCUCUCAUUACCGGUUAAUUAUUAAAUGUUUAUUUGUAGUUUUUAUUAAAGGAUAAAGCACUGGAAGAUCGAAAAGAUACUAUUGCUAUAUUUAGAAAGAGAAAAUUCGAACCUUUGAUAACCUAAAAGCAUAAAAUCCCACUUAUUAAUAGUGGUAGAAUUCAUUGUACUGAGUUUUGGUCUGAUAAAUAUUAAACAACAGCCUUACGUGAUUCACAUAUUGAAAAAAAUUUAAAUAAGUAUAAAUAAAUAAUCAAAACUAACAUUCAAGAAUAUUUAGUUAAAUUUGAAAUCUAAGCUAAAGAAUAAUUGGAAGAAGCACGCAAGUAUUUAUUAAAAUAAUAAAGUAUCAAAUAUUCUGAAAUUUUUAAAAAAUAACCUUCAAUUUCUGAAGAUGAUUUUGUACCUACAAUGAACGAGUUAAAUGUAAGUUAAUGUACAUAGGAUGAAAUAUUUAACUUUUAUAGGGAACCAAAGAAAUAUAAUUUAUCUUAAAUGCCAAAAACUAGUUUGCGUAAUCUAGACAAGAUAAUUAGUAGUAGUUAAAAGUAGAGUUUCAUAGAUAAAUUUGAUAAAGUCAUUAGUGUUUGUGAUCGAUAUUCUAUUAAUUCUAAUAAGCAUUCUCUAAAUAAUAUUAAGUAUAAUUAUAUAUAGUAAUAUUAAGUACAAUUGGGUAUGGUAAUAUAAAGAAGAGAAAAAGGAAUAUUUUUGACAGCAAGACAAGUAGAAGCCAUAUUAAUUGA